AUGCACCCAAUUGUACCGCUUUCUCUUCUACUCAGCGCAGUAUCAUGCGCAGCCAUCUCCACUUCUGGUGGAUAUAACCUGAAUCUCACGCUCGAGGGCUCUGGAAACGACCAGCACUGGGUCCUACGAGAAGAGAACUACCCCGUCGUUUUGACCCAUGACGACCUCACUACAAUCAACUCUUUCCCUCCAAUUGGUGACAUGCAAUGCGACCACAGAAAUAGCGCACCUGCGGCAGAUUGUCGAGCACUUAUCAAGGCAAUUGCAUACCGCGGCACAUACAGUACAAAACGUGUUUUAUGA